UCUACCUGUGGCUGGGACUUUAUAAAGUGAACAAGCACAUCUUUCUGUCCAGUCUCAGCUUGUGGUAAAGCCUAUCAACUAUGAGGACCCUUUACCUCCUGUGUGCGUUGUUCUUCUUGGUUUUGAUGCCUGUUCCAGGGUUUGGCGGAAUCAUAAACACAGUCCAAAGAUAUUACUGCAGAAUACGAGGAGGCCGAUGUGCUGUGCUCAGCUGCCUUCCACGCGAGGAGCAGAUUGGCCACUGUUCUUCCCGUGGCCGAAAAUGCUGCCGAAGAAAGAAAUAAAAAAUUCCAGAAAUGCAAGGAAGAUGUUGUGAAGUGUAGAAAUGUCUAUUUAAAGCUUAUAAAAGUAAAAUCAAAGUAAAUGUUUUUUAAAUAAAAUGGAAAAUUGAUUUUUAAAAAUCUGGCUAUUAUAGUAGUUGUGACCAAAUACACAACUAAGAAAUCCUUAA